AUGGCUCAAAAUAAUGCUUACUCUCUUCAACAUACAUCUAUUAUCAAACUCGACCAAAAGAACUUUGUUCUAUGGCGUUCUCAAGUUGUACCUUCUCUCAAAGGAUACGGAUUCUUUGGAUUUGUCAAUGGAGAUCUCCCAGCUCCUGUUAAAACCGAAGAAGCAUCGACUUCCACUGAGCUUCAGGCCUGGGAACAACAAGAUCAACGUUUGUUAAGUUGGCUUCUCGGAACACUAUCUGAAUCAGUGUUUGCACAGGUCGCAGGUGAAAACUGUAUUUCAUCUCAAUACCUCUGGGAAACACUUGAACGACGUUUCGCUACUCAAUCCAAAGCUAGACUAAUGCAGCUCCGCCUUCAACUUCAAACUAUCAAAAAAGGAGAAUCAUCCAUGGAGUCUUAUCUCCAAGCUAUCAAGGUCAUAACUGAUAACCUUGCGGCUGCCGGGCAAAAAGUUGCAGACGAAGAUCUUAUUCUCUACGUUCUUGGUGGCCUUGGACCCGAGUAUGAAUCCCUUCUAGUCGCAGUUACUACACGUCCAGAUUCUAUUAAUGUCGACGAUCUUUCUGGAUUACUUCUCACACAUGAAAUCAGACUUGAGUCUCUCUAUGCCAACUCGCCAACUACUAAUGUUGUAUAUAGCCGUCGCGGAACUUCAGCGACUACGAAUCAUACUAAUAAAGGUGUAUUUUCUCCCUCUUUUGGAUCUGCUACUCGUCCAUCGACACCAGGUGGCUCUUUUCACUCACAACAGAGUGCCUCUACUACAUCUUCUAUUUUAGGACAGCCAUCAAAUUUCUUUAAUUCAAGGACUGGCCCAUCUCGCCCUCAUCGUCCCUAUCGUGGUUCUCAAAAUCAAAAUCGGCCUAAAUGUCAAACAUGUGGUCGUUUUGGACAUCUCUCUAAUAUGUGUCGUUCUGGUUUAAUUUGUCAACUUUGUAAUAUUCUAGGACAUUCUGUAGGAACUUGUCGACGCAGAUUCGACCAGAACUUUUGUUCAUCUUCCUCAUCGGCAGCUAUGAUGGCAACUCCAUCUAUUGUAUCUGACUCAGCUUGGUACCCUGAUUCUGGAGCAACUGAUCAUUUGACUGCUAACUUGGAAUGUAAAAGGGCAUCCUUAUCUUUAACAGCCUCCAUAUCUUUAAUAACAUCUAGGAUAUAA